AUGCUGGAGAAAAGGGAAAUUGGGAGGAUGGAAGGUUCAAGUUCCAGGGAGUCCGGUCUCAUGAAAUCUUUCAGCCUUGCGAUUCGUUCUAUCCUCACUGGGUGCUCUAAUGAGGAAUUUCUGAAAGCCUUCUCGAGGUUUAGCCGUCCAGAGCAGGAAUUGCUCCGCAGAUUGUACAUUCAGGUUAUUGCCUCUUUGCACCUAAGGAUAGAGAACGAGUUUCACGAUUUGUGCAGUCAGUUGCAGGUGGGGUCCAUUCUUGAUGCCGCGGAGCAACUCGUGGAGGAACAGACUUUGGACCCUUUGUUCAUAGAUAAGAGUAAUGUCAUGGAUGUCUCUUCCAGUUUGUCAAAUGCGAAAGAGGAGGAAAUCCAAUACCUGUCGGUCAUUCUGCAAAAGGCAGAAGAACAGAAUCGCACUACGCGAGAUCGUAUCGAGCUAUUAAAAGCAGCAAACAAGGAUGUCCCUAGGGCUCAGAUUUUGUAA